UUCUUGUUCAAGAUAUGCUACGUCGGAGGCCGGCUCACGACUUCAUAUUUGGCUUUGGCGAAAUCCCUGAGAAUAAUAUUUCCAAGCUGAAGAUUGAUUUUUUAUUUUCUGGGCCGAAAUUGUUUCUGCUAAAUAGAUACAAUCUCCAGCAAUUUUUUUUGUAUGUUAUCAGGAAAUUUUAUCGGCCUCGGAAUUUGCCCUUUGGCAUUAUAUGCCGAUCCUCCCAAUCUUGGUUUGCUUGUUCGUGCAGCUGAAAAUUUGUGGACGUAUGCUGGAAGUGAGCUGCCUUUGAACUGAGGGUAAUGACUCCUACUAAUGGAUGUUUGAUAUUCCAUUACUAUCUGCCGUUGAUAAUAUGGGUAUCAUUAAACUUGGGCCUGAAUAGAGAUACUUACCAUGGUUUUUGUUUCUACGACAAGGUGCAGACAAUGAUUCUCACAAAGCAAUUUCGCUGCAUACACUCGGCAAGUUGUGUUUGUACGAAAGGACACCUUACUGAAGAAGUGUUAUUCUUAGUUUUUAAUCAUUUGAAUUGGAACCCUAAGUUGAUUGUGGCGCUUUCUUGUGUGUGCAAAUGGUUUGACGAUCUUGCUAAACGAGUGCUUUGGAAGGAGUUCUGUAGGACUCGAGCUCCCAAGAUGAUGCUUGAUUUGCAGUCGAGUGGAAGUCAUAGUGUGGAUGGGAACUGGAGAGCACUUGGCAAGCUGCUAAUAUAUUGUUCUGGAUGCAACAAAAAUGGGUUGUUCAAUAAUAUUAACAUUCCAGGCCACUUUGUCUACCGGACACGGUUCUCAAGGACAUCGGGCAAGAGCUUUCUCUUGCCACAAUGCAGAACGGAUGUCUUAUACGUGUCUGAUCCUUGCGAGCAUCUUGACCAAGGGGAUGAAGGAGAUGUUGGUUUUUUUCGUGGGAUAUUUAAAUCCUUUGCACUGUCAAAGGUCAGGAAAAUGCUGAUAAGCAGAAGUGCUCCAAUGCAUCCAACCGAGGUGUGUCCAUAUUGUAAGGCAAGGCUAUGGAACAUGCUGGCAGCUAAAAUGAUACCGUCAAGUGCUAGCUGCCGGUUGGGUGCUUAUGAAGAUUGUAUUGAGUAUUAUGUGUGCCUUAACGGGCAUGUGCUCGGGAUUUGUACCCUCUUGCCCCUAUCUGAUACAGAUGAAGCAUCAGAGGAGUGAUAAUUUAGUACAAGUCAGGGAUAUCAUGUAUGAAAGUAAUCGCAUUGGUGUACCUAUAUGAUGAAAAACAGCCAAUUUGGAGAAGUGGGCGAGUCAGAUAUUACAGACUGUUGAGUGGAACUUCUUUUUUCUAGUUUUGAGUUCCAAUCCACUCUAAGUCUGCUGCUUUGGGAUCUUUUUUUCCCCUACUUAGCAGACUGUUUUAGUGCAUUGUUAACCUUUCUACUGUUUUGUGUUCAUAAAAAAGUAUCUGUCUUGUACAAUUAUGACCUUCAAAACGUUCUGUAUUUGAAUGAAGGCUGGGUGUUUGACACA